AUGUUUCAUGACAGACCAAAUGCGGCAAUCAAGGCAGCCGAGGAGACAGAGGAGGCGAGGAAAUGGCGCGCAGUGCUUCGAGUGAUGGCCGCUGAUUAUAAGAAGCUCGGUCGAUGCCAUGGAUUGCUUCAGCAGGACUACGAGCGGCGACGCGGGGAGAUGGAGCAGCUGCAGCAACAGCUCAAGGAGGUCGCUGCGCACAACGAGUCCCUCCGCAGGGAGAUCUCCUCCAAUGACGCGCGGGCGCGCGAGACGGAGGCGCAGCUACGCGCGCAGAUGCAGGCGGAACGGUCAGAGUUGGAACGAGGCGCCGCCGUCGCUUCCGCGCGCGCGGCUUCCGACCUUCGCGCGGCUCUCUCCGCGCGAGACGAGGCGUUUUCUCGCGAGCGCGCGGGGCUCGCGCAGCAGCUGGCGGACCUGCGGCGGGAGCUUCAGGCGGAACGGGAGAAAGAGCACCCGUGCUUCACAUGCGCGGAGCGCGCCUGGAGGGACGAGGAGGAGGCGGAGGAGGAAGCGGAGAGGCGGAGGCGCAGCGAGGCGGAAGUUGCGCGCUGGCAGCAGGCGGCGGGGCUUGCAGCGGCGGGACUCGUUAUAGAAAGCGCCGCUAAGGAGUUUCUUUUAGACCGAGUAGACGAUCUGGAGCGAUCCGAAGUCGAGAUGGAGCAAGAGCGGCUCGAGAGCGAGAGGGCGGAGCGGGAGGAAGGUAGGCGGGAAGGGGAAGCGCGCGCUCGUGCGGAAGCGGAGAGCCAGCGGCAGCGGAUCUUGGCGCAAUGGGCGGAGGAGCGGGAUGCGUGGGAGCGCCGCACGGCGGAAAAAGACCAGGAAGUUGCGCGACUGGUGGCGGAGAAGGCGGAGGUAGAGAUUAAGUUGCGGGGCGCGGAGGCGGAGGUAGAGAGACUUAAAGCGGAGGCGGCGGCGCAGCAGCGCGUGGUGGAGAACCUCACGCGCGACCGCCACAUGCUCGCGCGCAAGUCGGAGGAUCUUUCCGCGCGCGCGGCGGCGGCGCAGAGACGCGCUGAUUUGGCGGAGGAGGCGGCGGAGGUAGCGGAGGCGCAGGCGGAGGACGAGCGCGACCUGGCGGCGUCGCUGCAGCGCGAGUUGCAGAUGCUGAAGGCGAAGUUCCUGCACCAGGAGGCGGAGAAAGAGAAACUGGAGAUGGACGUGGCAGAGGCACGAGACCAGCUGAGUGUGGUGGAGGAGCAGGAUGCGAUAGUGAGGAAGAACCUGCGGAAGGCAGAGGAGGAGCUUGAUGUGCUGGUGGACGAGUGUGCGGAGAUGAGGCGCAUACUGCGGCUGACAGUGCAGGCGUUUGAAUACCAUAAGGACUCCAUCCUGCACCUCCCGGGGAUGAAGAAUCUGUCAGCCGAGCUUGUGACAGCGGCGGCAGAGUUUGAGGAUGAGGAGCGGACUGAUGGAGAUGACAGCGUGGCAGGAGGCAGUUGA